AUGUUUAUAAAAUUGAUUAUUAAAGAUCCAAAAGAGAUAAAGACGAUUAAACUGAGAUUAGAAAAUGAAGGAUUAUUAAAUAAGAGAUACAAAAUAGAAAACAAAAAUGGUGUUUUUUCAAUUUAUACAAAAUUAGAAACAUUGCCUUGUGCUUAUCAAUCUUUUAACUACGAAGAAUAUGAAGAAAUAAAGACAACAAAAAUCACAUUGGAGUCAAUUAUACGGCUGUAUAAUAUCAAAACUGGCUUAUGUCUUGAAAUUCCCAAAAGAUGGUCUAUCUAUCCACCUAUGAUUUUAUUUAAUGCAUUUAAAGAGUUAACAUUUCCAAAGGAUUUAUGUAUUGAAAUUUUAUCACAUCAAUCAACUAUCUUUGGUGUUACUGGGCUUUCUCACAUUGCUGUAAAUCAACCAAUUAUAGAAUCAGAUAUAUUGAGAAGACCACAUAAUUUAAAACCAAUGUAUGGAAAUUUUGGCCCUGACUUAGAACUGGACCAUAUCCCGACUUCGAUAGACUUUCAAGAAGCUUUUUGGUGUUACGUCAUCCAGAAUGGAAUUUAUCAAACUUGGGCACCAAAAUAUACCAUGUUUUCCCGAGGGAACAUCAAAGAGAAAUCUCGAAUUUUGCAAAGUUUUAAGAAUUUGAAUAAUUCAAUCAUAUUUGACUUAUAUUGUGGAAUUGGAUAUUUUUCAUUAAGCUAUUUGAAAAAUGGAGGGAAAUUGUUAUGUUGGGAAAUGAAUCCUUGGUCAAUUGAAGGAUUUAGACGAAGUUUAGAGACGGGGAAUUAUAAAUAUAGAAUAUAUAGUCCCAAUGAUGUAUUUGAAAUUAAAGAUUUGAAUGAUGUUGAUGUUUGCAUUUUUUAUGAGAGUAAUGACAAUGUACCCAUUCGACUUCAGAAUGUAAAUGAUAUAAGUUUGAAUGUUAGUCAUGUUAAUUUGGGUUUACUUCCUUCUUCUAAAGCAUCAUGGAGUUUAACUAAGAAUCUAAUGAACAAGGCAAAAACAUCAAGUACUAUUCACAUCCAUGAGAACUGUCAUAUAGAUGAUUUUGAUAAGCUAAAACAAGAGAUUAUAGAUUAUUUUAAACCAAAUUGUGAAAUAUUACAAUUAGAAAAAGUUAAAACAUUUGCUCCAGAUAUAUGGCACAUAGUUAUAGAUGUUAAGUUAAAUAAUGCCUUGAACAAAAUAUGA